AUGCCUGAAAGAUACGCUUUUACAUGGACUACUAUGGUUUCAUCUCACACUCGAGUGGGGGAUAUGAGUUCCGCGAGGAUAUUAUUUGAUGAGAAAAAGGAAAGGAACAUAGCUACUUGGAAUACUAUGAUCGACGGCUACGCUAGACUUGGCAAUGUGGAGUCUGCAGAGGAGUUGCUUAAUCACCCGCCAACUAAGGACAUAAUCUCAUGGACAACAAUGAUUGAUUGUUAUUCUCUGAACAAGAAAUCUGGGAAAGCAAUAGCAGUUUUUAAUGACAUGAGGAUGAAUGGGGAACUUGUUCUGUUGGAAUUCAGCAAUUGA